AUGAAACUUCAACUGAUUUUUUCAAUUUUCUUAUUCCAAUAUGCAAAUUCUAUCGACUCUAAAUGUUCAGCAGAUGAUAUUUUGAAAGUUGGACAAUGUUUAGAGGUAUUUUUUCAAGAAACAAAAUCGGUUUUCAAUUUUUUUCGUUUUAUAGAAAAUGACAGACGCUGUGGAGAAGAUCAAUUCGUGGGUCGAUAAAAAUUUUACCUACACUGAUUCCGAAAAAGAUGAGUUCAACAAAAAAUGUGAGGACACCAAGACGUGUUUCGAGGAGAUUCAGAAGAAUUGCGAUGAUUUUCCUGGUUCGGUUAUCGAUGGAAUGACUGUGAUGUGUGAUAGAUUCGAAUUUAUGACUUCUGAUUUUUCUACAUGUGUUCCAAAGGUUUUUUGAGAUCGGGAAUACGUGGAAAUUGAGACAAGUCCUCAAUUACCAGGAUUACUGUAGGACUAUUUUUUGUGAAUAGAAUGAUUUUUUUAACUUUCAAGUGGUUAAAUGCAACUAUCCUAAAAAUUGAGACUUCAAAACUCUCUUCUUCAAAUUAUAAUUUUUCAGCUCAAUAGCCUGACUGAAAAAGAGUGCGUCAAACAAUUUUUCGGUGAAGAAUACGCUGAAAUGACAAUUAAAGAUCGAUGUGAAGCUCUGAAUGAGAAUUCGAAAUGUGUAACUGAAGAAGUUGCAAAAGAUUGUGGUGAUGAAAUGGCUGGAUUACUUGGAAAUCAUUUGAAAACCGAAUUAAAAAAGUACAAAUGUUCGAAAGACUGA